AUGCCGAAAUCAGUAAAUCAGUCUCAGCCCAUCUACUUCUGGAGAGAGUCAGACUCCCACACAGGAUGGCUCUCACAGUGGUACUACUUUCCAUUCAAGGACGACAAAGAUCCAGAAGUCGUCUAUGACACUGCAGAACACUACAUGAUGUACCAAAAAGCAAUCCUCUUCAACGACCACAUCACCGCCGCCCAAAUCAUUCAACCAAGCCUCCACCCCCGCAAAAUCAAGGCCCUCGGCCGCCAAGUCGCAAACUUCUCAGAAGCGACGUGGAACGCCAACCGCGAAGCCAUUGUUCGGCGUGGCAAUUAUCUCAAAUUCACCAAUGCCGUGACAGAAGAAGGAUUCUGCCUUGGAACCUCUUCGGAUGGUAUUCCCCUAAUUAAGGGCUCUUUGAGGGUGACGCUGUUGGGGACGGGAGAGAGGGAGCUUGUGGAGGCGAGUCCGUUUGAUAGGAUUUGGGGAGUUGGGUUUAAGCCGGCGGAUGCUGGUGCGAAUAGGCGGAGAUGGGGACUUAACUUGUUGGGCAAGGCUUUGAUGGAUGUGAGAGCCAUGUUCAGAGAAGAGAGCGAGAGCAAAGUUCAAGAGGAGUAA